AUGUACUUUCGAAAUCGCUUCACAAUCUCCAACCAUGUCCUCGGUAGUGGUAUUGCUGGAGAGGUAUUCCUUGCCAAUCGUGUUGGCACAUCAAAGCAAGUGGCCUGUAAAGUUGUCAAAUUAAGCUCUUCCGGACAAGCGCUUUCCGGCUCUCUAAUCCAAACGGAAUCAAAUCAGCAAUAUGACGCCGACUUGAGGAGGAGAACAUACCUACGAGAGGUUUGCAUACUUUCCAGACUUAAUCAUCCGAAUAUUAUCAGCAUCGAGAAAGCCUUUCUCUCCAGCGACAGGCUAUAUCUGUUCACAGAACUUGCUGCAGCAGGAGACUUAUACACCUACUUCGAUUCUUGUGAUAAUAGACUUGGAGACGGACAUGCCCGCCUCAUUACGAGACAGAUCGCUCUAGCUCUGGAGUAUCUUCAUUCAAAAGGAAUCGCACAUAGGGAUAUAAAAAUGGAGAAUAUUCUCAUCACAAACACAGAUGUUGGGUCUCGGGUCAUUCUUACAGACUUUGGUCUUGCCAAUCACACAGAAAAAUCAACCGGCAGACUUUUCUCUUGUGUAGGCACCGAGGGUUAUGUUGCACCUGAAAUUGUAGGUUCCGAUUCGACUUUAAGUCGUGGCUAUACGACAGCAGCGGACAUGUGGUCAUUCGGAAUUUUGACAUGGAGUUUGCUCACUGGUGAGAGCGCAAUUCCUCGAGGUCGGUUGUCCCAACUUGAAGAGAUUGAAGCUACAAAAAACUUUAUUUCGUCCGAUGAAAAAGAGGCAGCAGAGAAGUGGUCUUACCUCCACACGAGAGCUCGUUCCUUUUUGCGGGGACUUUUGGCUAUUGAUGCAGGACAACGCAUGACUGCUGUUCAAACAGUCAAUCAUCCAUGGUACAAGGAGACUUCUGCUUCUCUUGCCAUAGAGCAGGCAUAUGCACGAGCUAUACAAUUUUGGAAACCACGAGGCGACGGAGAUGUUCUAGAAUAUUUACCAGAAUAUGUAGCACCGGCAGGAGGAGGAGUUGGCCCAGUUCGUCGAAAACGCUUGCCUGACGCUACUUCGUCGCCCUACUUCAACCUUGACCGCCAUCUGCAGUCAAGGUCUCCGCAGAUAGCGAAACGCAGACAGAUACUUGACGAUCUGAAAGAGUCUGGAGAAUCCUUCAUGGAUGCUGAGUCGCAACAGAACAUACCUACACAUAACACGAGGAUCAGCGAUCAGAUUUCGGUGAAUUCUGUUGCUGGUAGUGAUUUAUUCGGAAGCCACACAGCUUUAAUGAAUAAACAAAUAGCAAACAGUGCGAAUUUCAGCGAUCAGACAUCAGAGAAUGUGAGCAAAACAGGAAUGAACCAAAGAGCGACAGGAGAUUCUCAGAGUCUUAAGUCUUCUACUAAAGCUAACAAUGCUUGUUCAAGCACCUUAAAUAAUGCGAGAGUAAGAAAAGAAACAGAUCCUGCCAACCAAGGGAUUCACGAUGCCGCCUCACAGCUUUUAACUGGAUUUUGUUCGGCCAAGGUUUUCAUGGACAAGGUUAAGGUGGUCAGAAAAGAAAAGAUCAUGAAGACUUGA